CCAGUAACAACGUCAACAGAACGUCAAAAACAUCUGAUUUCUGUCAAGUGUGGGCGACGUAAACAGCGUUUUUGUUUACUUUUCCAGCAAAAAACACGUUUUUGACGAUGAAAUCGGCGAGUAGCAGACGAAAUGCUGUCGUCAAUCAAAGAUAAACUGUUAAAUGUCACUAAAACCGUACCUCUGUUUAGUACAAGUAGCGAUAAGGGGGCCGUGCAAUGCGAGGCGAAUUUGAGCGCUGGCAGUGAGAUUUUGAGCCACUAUCAGGCCGAAUGGCAAGCCUUACACAACCAGAAUGAAGAAAAUGCCAAAAAGGCCGAAGAAGCGGCGACUGAAAUCGCCAAAAUCACCAACAAGAUUGAACGUGAUAAGAAGAGUUUAAGUGUGAUGACACAUCUGUUGGCCCACUCUAACUUAAAUUUAAAUAUUGUUAAUUGUACAAAACAAAUUGAGAAAAUCUAUGAUAGCUUUAAUGAAGUUGAGGGGAAGUUAGUGGAGUUGGAGGACUUGAUUGAAACUGUUGAGUUUGAAAAUAUGAAGAAGCAACACAGAUAUCAUUUGCAACAGUACAAAGUACGGAAAGACGAGUCUUUAAAGGCGUAUGAGGCGUCUCUGAAGGAGAAACAUGAGGAAGCAGUUGCAGAAUUUGAAAUGAAAAAGAAGAAAGAACUGGAAGAGCGCCAACAAGUGUUUCACGAGGCUUUCAAGAGCGACUUGGAGAUUUAUAAAAAUUUGGGGACUAUUCCUAAGUUAGAUCUUCCCAAGAAGCAGCCAAGUGCCUUACUUGAGGAAAUUCAGGUAGAUUUUGACGAAAGUGAAUUGGACCAAUUUUUGUCAGACAAUCCUUCAAAAUAGUGCAAUACAUAGAGAUAUAUUUUUAAUAAUUGUUAAUAAACGGGUUUUUGAAGUUU